AUGCUUAUCCUUGGUCAUCCACAAUUUCCCGUCCAAGAUGAUGAAGGGUUUGGAGACGGAAUACCACCCAUUCCGGAAUGGCUAUCAUGCUCGAGCACCAUGGAGGAUGACACAAUACCUGAGCUCAGCUGGGUUUUUGAUGACAAGAUAGUCAGAACUGCCCUCGUUCGGCUUCGUCACAUCUUCAAACGCGUGGAAGGUGAGCCCUUCCCGGGCACAAAGCUUCAUGACAUUGUAUUAUUUGUCACGCAUCGACUUCUUCUCUCGGUCCCAGACGGAAAUGGCUCAAGCCCAUUGCCAGUCACCGAAUGCAUUCGCUACGCCCUUGUACUUUACAUGUUCAUCAUCCAGGGGCCGACAUAUUAUUCACAUGCCGUCAUAUUGAACUCAAUCGUCACGAAAUACAUCGCGAACAUGGAGCGUCUGGAAUCUAUACCUCACGUAUUCGAUGCAUUGGAUGUCUGGUUACUGACAAUUGGUUCGGUAGCCUCCGCGGGAACCCCAAAUCAUGCUUUCUUCGCUGCGAGGAUUCGAAAUGUGUGUGUCCACCUUGACAUCACUGAUUUCCACGAUAUGCUCGAAUAUAUUCGAAGCAUCUGCUGGAUAGGGGGCUCGCAUGGGGAAGAUCUUCUUUGCCCGCAUUGGAAUACCACUUUUGCCGAUCAUAGUCAGCUAGAUCUGGCGAACCUGGCAGUGGAUUUAUCGCCAAUAAGAUUUGGCAUCCAAGCUUUACAAAAUGACUCACCGAUGAAAUUGACCUUCACGAAAGAGAUGAGCGUCUCUGUUCGCCGAAUGGAGCUGGAGGGCCCUCAUUAA